AUGAUUAACACUCUUGCUCUCUACAAAGACGGGGAUACCCUUGUCACUGUGAGCUACAUGGGGAUUGUCUCUGCUUUUCUUCUGCUUGGUUUUGGAAUGGCCAUGAGCAUAGCCAUGAAUAAUGCUUUCUGUGCAAAUCUUCAUAACUCCACCACUGCACUGGGCUGCAUUUCCGGAGCUUAUGGUAUCGGUGGAGUUAUUUCACCAUUAUUUGCCACGCUCAUGGUGUCUCACGACAUACGUUGGACCUAUUUCCACACCAUCACAUUGGCUAUGUCUGUGGCCAAUCUGUUGCUCUCAAGCUUCGCGUUUCGGAAUUACGAGGACAAUGCCACUAUGGUCUCCCAAAGGGCACCCGACUCGGCAAUUCCUCCCAUGACCAGCAACAAUGAUCAUUCACCCAGUCGAUUGCAGAUGUUCAAAAAGGCUAUUCAGGAUCGCACGACGAUACUAGGAUCACUGUUCAUCUUCGCUUACCAAGGUGCCGAGGUUUCCGUUUCGGACUGGAUUGUGUCAUUCCUAAUCAGCUAUCGCGGGGGUGAUUCUCGACGCGUCGGUUAUGUGAGUGCCGGCUUUUGGGCUGGAAUCACUCUUGGUCAAUUUCUGAUUGUGUAUCCUGCCCAUCGAAUUGGAGAGAAGAUUGUCGUCGGGUUAUUGGUUGUCGGAGCUAUUGGCUUUCAACUCAUGACCUGGCUAAUCCCAAAUAUUAUCGGUGAAGCUGUGGCUGUAGCGAUCCUGGGCUUGUUGUUGGGUCCCUUAUAUCCAUGCUCUACGGCGGCUUUUGCGAAGCUUUUACCCCGAAGUAUGCAACUUGUCAGCCUGGGUUUCAUCAGUGCUCCAGGGAGUAGCGGUGGUGCUGUGUUUCCUUUUCUGACUGGUAUUCUUGCACAGAGUAUGGGCACGAUGGUACUACAUCCAAUCUGUCUUGUGCUGUAUGCAGUGAUGAUCAUUAGUUGA